GUAGCUGAUUGCCUCGUUCCUCCAAUGCACGUGAGAGGGAGUGUAACAUUGUUGGUUAAAUUAGUAUGCGGAUCAAAAGAAUCUGCUGUGGCGAGUCCGUAAUCAGGAAAAAAGCUGAAAGAAGCAAAUAAUGUUGGUUAUUGGUGUGCCGCAAAAUUUUUCCAACGUAACAAACGUGCCGUGGCUCAAAAAAGGUUGAAAAACACUGUGUUAGGUAAUGACAACCAAUGGCAACACUGAAAGAGCUAAACCCGGAAGUAAACAACGAUGGGGAAAAGCAGAGAUGUGAAGAAUACCGGAGGUGCCACCGUAGCCCCACCUGCCCCCCCAGCGGCGUCACAUUUCUAUCCAAAUGGUUUGGCUCCCGGCAGGGAAAGCUUCAACACACACGGAAAGCAAGACGAGGAAGAUGGGAGAGGUCGUGAUGUUGAUGGCUAUCUUGCAUGGUGGAGAAAGCGAGCUCAUGAGAGUGGUGGAGAAAGGGAACAUUUCAGGGGCCUUAAUGGCUGUAGCACGCCAUCCUGUGUGUCCUGGUGAAGCUGGGAGAGGAGAGGAGGCCACCCAUUCCCACCCCUCUGUGUGAACAGUUUUGUUAGUGUCAGCGUUGGUGAUACAGACCUGAUGAAAGUCAUCUUAAGAGCAGAGUAAAAUUAGCUACAAUGGAGCUUUAGCACAUUUGGAUCUGACAAAAAGUUUGUUUAUCAUAAGCAAAAAGGAGAAAAAAGUCUCCAAAGCAGAAGAAAAAGUUGUCUGAGUAGAUCUCAGUAAUGAGUAACUCCAGCGUUUUUGUUCUUUAGCCAUGAUUGAUGGGAGUGUUUCCAGGAGGCUAUUGAGAACAUUGGUCCAAGUGGUGAAGAUGGUUCACUAAGGGCAUCAACUGUCUGGAACCAUUUUUAGAAACCUCCCUUGCCAUCCAUCCCCAAAUGUUCUCUAUGGGAUGUCAAUCACGGGAAGAUGCGGCAUGGUCCAAAGGAGGUAUGUUCUUCUCCCUGAAGAAAUCUAGCCAGCAUUGGGAACUGCAGUGUUGUCCUGUUGAAGAACCCAGCUGUUACCACAGCGACCAGGGCCCUCGCUCAUGAGAACAACAUCCGCAUGUCACCACCGUUUGACGACCCUGCACCACUUGAAACUCCGUUGUUGUAAUGAUGGACCCCCUCCACUGUGUUGGGUAGAAAACAUCUCAAGUGGGAGAUGUUUUCCUUUGAUUUGUGCAUCCUGGCAUUCCACCCACGGUCACACACUCUGCUAUGAUUGGUCACAGUGCUUCCUAACUAUGAACUCCGCUCCUCUGUGAUGUCACAAAGGAACAAUUUUGCAACGCCCCCUGAAAGCGAGCGUUCAGAGGCAUCCCAAACUUCUUUCAAGGCUCACUUCCAAAUGUGCAAACCUCUUUAUGUGAACCUUUGGCGUGGUUUAACACCAGAAUACAACAUUCUAACCACAUAGGUUCCCUUUACGAAUUUGAUCAGGUCUGUAUCAUAUUUACAUGUUCAGUUAGUUGGAGACACUGACUUAAUUACAUAAUGACGAGGUAUGAAUGUGAGUGUGAACGUUUGCCUAUCUGUGCCUUGCCAUCGGCUGGUGGUGUACCCGAAAGAUUAGAUGAUUCGGACGGAUCUUUCAAGGCACACAGAAUAUUGUAUAUAAACAUGGAACCUACCAAAAGAAAGAUUUGACUCCCAUCUUUCACCAGGAAAAAAAAGUUUGUUUCUACCUUUUUCCGUUUUUUAGUAAUCAGUAUUAGAACAUGGGUACGUUUCAGGAAAAUAUCAGUUCCCGACCAAGAAAAGCAGCUUUUUGUGAAAGGAAUAACUUUCACUUUGACACAAAUAUCAAAUAUCUAAAUCUCUAACUCUCCAAAUAACUAUUUGUUUACAAAUAAACAGCAUGAACUAUUUACAAUUUUCACAUUUAAAUUUGCCCUACAAUGUGGAACCUUCAGUACGCGAUACUCUGCUCCGCUCAGCUCUGUAUGAAUACGUUGGGAUGGGGUGUGUAUGAUCAUAAAAACGUAUGAUACAUUUUUGCUACAGUUUUUCUGUUUUUUAUGACAUCUUUGUCUUAUUUUUGUCUAUUUAUAUCUACUGCAUCGGGUAAUAGAAGUGUAUAAGUGACUAUACGGGUGUUAUUUCACGUCUCGAGGGCUCUAAUGAUGUCAAAAAUUGUAUUUAGAAGGGGGUAAGCACAUUUUCUAUGUCUUAUUUUGGGUAAUAGGAGUAUAAAGGUGAUUAUAGGGGUGCUAUUUCAUGUCUAGAGAGCUCUAAUCAUGUCAAAAUGGUAUAUAGAAGGGAGUAAACAUUUUGUAUGUCUUAUUGUCUAUGGUUAUAUCUACUAUAUUGGCUAAUCAAAGUGGAAAGGUAAUUGUAGGGGUGCUAUUUCCCAUCUAGAGGACUCUUAUGUUAAAAAGCAAAUUGAGAAGGGGGUUAACAGGCUUUCUAUAUCUUAUAUGUUUUAUUUUGUCUGAUUAUGUCUACUAUAUUGGGUAAUAGGAGUGGUUAGCAUGUAGGCCACACAGUCAUCUCAUUUGAUGGUGCUGAUGCUCCAAAUGAUGCCAGAGAUGAAGACCAUCAUGAUGUCAGGUGGAUAAAUAUUAUUAUGAUUAUAUUCAAUAUAAACUCUGUGUGAUAUUUUAAGAGGGGUGCUCGUGUAUGCAGAUAAUUGAGUGAAUGAACGCUCCAGUGCUUCGUGGAAGAUAAUAGGACAUUCCUCCUGGAGUGAAGCCCCUCCCCUUCCAACGCGGCGUGACUUUCUCUCCUUCCGCCAGCUGCUCCACACACUCCUACUCCUCACUCGGACCUUUACCUUCACCUCCUCCUUCUCCUCUCUGAGGAUCCCCGCUGGAUUUCUCCCACACCCUCGUUGCUCGUUGCCGCUUGAAAAGAAGAACCCCCCCCGGCAGGAUAAAAGGCUCGGAAGCUGGUGGAAGACAUUUAUUUGUUCAGGGGCGACAUGAGGGGAGGCGGAAUAAAGCCUGCAAAGUGUGUGAGAGGCUGAGCAGGCUGGCGCCGCCGACGCUGCUGUCUCUUCUACCGCACGGAAGCAGAGGCGCGAUGGCAAAGUGGCUCAAAGACUACCUGAGUUUUGGCAGCAGGAAGGUGCCCCCGCAACCUCCCACGCCGGACUACACAGAAAGCGAGAUCCUGAAAGCCUACCGCCUCCAGAGGGAACUUGACUUUGAGGAUCCGUAUGAGGACGCAGAAAACCGAUCCAGGGCCGAAUCCGGGACGUCGGAACCUGCCACCCCGGUGUACGGCUCGCCCAUGAAGUCCUCCAGCCCAGACGUGAAAUCUCCCAAACACAGACUCAUCAAAGUGGACUCACAGGACCUGGGGCGAACUAAGAUCCUGCUGAGCGCCAUCUCCUUAGAUGAUCAGCAAGAACCGACGGUGCCGUCCGCUCCCCUGGCAGGGGACACGGAUUAUUCAGACCCUUUUGAUGCCCGGUUGGACCAUCGACCAGAGCCGGAUGUGAGACCGGUUCCCUCUGAGAACAAUGGCUACAUGGAACCUUAUGAGGCCCAAAGAGUCAUAACGGAGCUGCAGCGUGGCCCAGGGGCAGGCGUGGGAGGACGGGCACGGGGCGGACUACAGUUGUAUGACACCCCUUACGAAGAUGCACGAGGCCAGUCGCUGGGCUUUACGUUCGGGGACACCCAGGAGGAGGGCAAGGAGAGCAGCAGGCUGCCGCAAGACGACGAAAGACCGGCAGACGAGUAUGACCAACCUUGGGAAUGGAAGAAGGACCACAUCUCCAAAGCGUUUGCAGUGCAGUUUGACGGGCCGGAAUGGGAGCGCUCCUCGUCGCCCACCGAGCGUUUGCGUCCACCGGGGCCCUGGUCCAGCCCACUCUUGGGCGGGGGGGUGAAGUUUCGAAUGCCCCCGGAGGGCCUCGCCAUGGUGGGAGAGAAAGUGGACCCCACACUGCCUCUGGAGAAGCAAGUGUGGUACCAUGGCUCCCUGUCCCGGUCCGAAGCGGAGUCGCUGCUCACGCUGAGUAAAGAGUGUAGUUACCUGGUGAGGAACAGCCAGACCACCCGAUGCGACUACUCGCUGUCUCUACGGUUAACGACGUUAAUGGCGUCCACCCGGAGCCCUGGCCAUCCAUGACCUUCCACUGCAAAUGUCGACAGCUCACAGAGCUCCUGUUUGACGUGUGUGACGCGGCCUGGCUGUCAAGGCGAUGUCGGCCUAAAAGGAGAGUGCGCUGCCGGCUGCAUGACGUCCCGUGUUCUCUGUGUUUCCUGCGCUGUGUUGGUUUAGUCGGGGAAUCCGAGCGGAGGCCCCUAAAUCCCUGCUAAUCUGUCACAGCGCUGGGAGAGAGACGGCCCUCGCUAUCUGAUCAUCAGCUUUGUAUUGCCGUGCUGCCCCACCGAGACACAAACAUCCUGUUUGCACAGGGAGGGGGUGGGGGGGCUUAGCCAGUGAAAAGCAGUGGAAAUUGUUGGUUAAUGGAAGCGGACUGGAAUGUUGGAGCAAAUGUGCAAAGAAAGUGUCUCUCUGAGUCUGUCUCUUUGUCUGCAGCUCUGCUUCAGUCCAGACUAGAAAGAAUGUCUUUUGUGAUGCAUAAUUAUGCCUUGAACAAUAAUGAAAUAUGCUUCUAAUCUUAAUGUUAAUCUUCCCCAUCCUAGAAGUCACCAAAUGAAGUAUUGUGGCACAGACCCACCGCAUGCCUUGUAUUCAAUGAUAAGCGUGGCAACAUCGCCAUCUUGUGGUAGGAUGCCAACAUUGACCAGCAGGUCGGGAGGUACGAUACUGAGAAUAAUUCUGAUACCUAUAAUCACCUCAAGUUACGAAAAAUACAAAUUGAUGUAUUUAUUAAAUACACUUAAUUUAAAAAGAUUAAACACUUAAUCGCAUGUCAUAAUUUAAAUACAAUUCAUAAUUAAACGCUGAGGUACGUAUAUUGAGGUAGCAGAGUGAAUAUAGCUAAGCACUUUUUCCAAUGUUAAAAAGCGUAUUAUGAAGAUUAUAAACAUGUUUUCUAUGGCAAAAGUAGAAAAUUACUUCAUUUAUUAAUAUUAGGGACGUCACAGUUAUUGCGUUUUAUUCAACCAAAGUUAUUUAUAUCGAAUUGGCACGGAUUAACGGCAGGCAUAGCUUAGGACAUCUAUGAUGGGUCCUCUGUCAUUUCAGCGCUAGCAUUAGCUAGAAUUAGCAGUGCACUAGCUAGCCAUGGACACAUCAGUAAACCACACCGUACAUAGAUGUUAGCUAUACACUUUGUCAUUCAUUAUGUAUUGUGUCAAACUAUGACAGGAACAUCAUCAAAUUAAAAGCACAAGUAAAACAUAUACACACUUGUUUUCAGUCAGAUUGGUCACAACUAAUAUGCACAUUAGCACUCAAUAAUGUCAUGAAAUCUUACCUGUAUGCAUCCCCACGUAGUAUCAGCAUAUGGGAGCAAACGUGAAGUGGAAGAAAAAUGGUAAAAUACAGUAUAGUAGUCCAUCUAUGUGAGUUUCUAUUUGAGAUGAAUAACGAAUAUGUGUAGCGUGGUGCGUUCAUAGAAAGUGGGACAAAUCGCCGCUCUGAUUAAGCAAAAACUGGAGGCUUUCUAACUGUAGAUUAUUUCUGAAGCCACCAUACUCAUGUACCAGCCUGGACUUUACUUUUGAGAGACGUGGUGUAGGGAACAAAGUUCAUCAAAUUUUACCUUUAUCUAUGCCAGGGGUGUCAAACUCAUUUCGCAUCGUGGGCCACAUACGGCCUAGGGAGAUGUCAAGUGGGCCGGACCAUUCAAAUUAUACCAUACUCUGCUAUAAAUAACCAAAAUAUCAUGUCUUUCCUUUGUUUUGGUGUAAAGAAGCACAAGAACAUUAGGAAAAUAUUGAAAUUUAAUGAACUAUCCUUUUACAAAACAUUUCAUGAAACACCUCAUAUUUCCUUAGACAAAUGUGCAAUUUACUUUUAUCAUUCACAAAUAUGCAUUGCAACUGAUCCCACUGAUUGUACAAAGGCACAAAACUUUAAUUGGUACUGAAAAAUAUAGUAAUGCACUUUAAGAUUAAAUGAGACUUUUAAAGAAAGGGAUUUUUAAACCACUUACACAUACGCAUAUAAAAUCUAAAUGUAAUCCCUGCGUACACCUUACAAACUAAGGAGAGUGAUUUUAAAUGUGUAAUGAAGAAAGUGUUCGCCUGUCCUGUAAAUCUGUAAACUUCAUACAUGAAACAUACAUACACAUACAAUAAAUACUGAACAUUUAUGGAGUU